AUGGCUGCUGCGCCAAAGAAACGACGGAGGGCGCCGACGAACCCUCUCGAGGCAGCAAACCGCAAGACCGAUGAGCAGUUCAUCCGCGAUCAUCUCCAGCCAAGCGACGGGUGGACAACCUGGACUCACCCACAUACCGCGAAGCCCUACGCCCUCUGCCUCAAGCAGCCGGCUCGCAUGACACACGAUGAGCUCCAGGCCUGCUAUGAUCUCGUCGAGAAGACGAGCGGCGACGACUACCGCGCUUCCGCCGAUGGCUGGCACCCGAAGAAGAAGAUGGUCGAGAUGAAAUCUGCCGAGCUGCGCUACAUCCUCGUGCGUGAUGAGAACAAUGAUCUACGGGGCUUCACGAGCCUCAUGCCGACGUGGGAGGACGGCGAGCCUGUCGUCUACUGCUACGAGAUUCAUCUCGAGGAUGAGUUGCACGGCACCGGAUUGGCAGUCUUGCUGAUGGGCUUCCAGGAGGCCAUCGCCCAAAGCAUCCCAAUCGUCGAAAAGGUCAUGCUGACGUGCUUCAAGAGCAACACCAAGGCCCUGGCAUUCUACCGCAAGCUCGGGUUCGUGAAGGAUGCCCUCUCGCCCGACGAACGGCGACUGAGGGGCGGCAAGGUCUUCGUCCCUGAUUAUCUCAUCAUGAGCCGCAUCGUCGCGCGACCUUCUUGA